AAAUAUGCUGCUAUUAUUCUGAGGGAAGGUGCAGUGAUGAAUGGAUCUGAAGUGAAAAGCGCAGAGAUAUGAUUUCAGACAUCAUGAGCAUAUGAUUUCAAGAAUGGACAACUGGGAAUCUAUUAAUUCUGAUUAGCCUUAAGCAGACUCAUAACCAUAGAGAAACCUCAUCUAGUUCCAUACUUUCUGCUUUAAAUCUGUCUUGACAUCUCACUCCUUUGUGCAGCCAUGUAUGGGAGUGCUCGUUCAGUUGGCAAAGUUGAACCAAGCAGUCAGAGUCCUGGGCGUUCACCGAGGCUUCCUCGUUCCCCACGUUUGGGUCACCGUCGAACCAAUAGCACAGGAGGGAGUUCUGGAAGCAGUACUGGAGGUGGCAGUGGUAAAACUCUUUCAAUGGAAAAUAUCCAGUCCUUAAAUGCUGCCUAUGCUACAUCAGGGCCUAUGUACUUAAGUGACCAUGAAAAUAUGGGUCCAGAUACACCUAAAAGCACCAUGACACUUGGCCGUUCUGGGGGUCGGCUGCCUUAUGGUGUUAGGAUGACUGCUAUGGGCAGCAGCCCCAAUAUUGCUAGCAGUGGGGUUGCCAGUGACACCAUAGCGUUUGGAGAACAUCACCUCCCUCCUGUGAGUAUGGCAUCCACUGUACCUCAUUCAUUGCGCCAGGCAAGGGAUAACACAAUUAUGGAUCUACAGACACAAUUGAAGGAAGUGUUGAGGGAAAAUGAUCUGUUACGUAAGGACGUAGAAGUGAAAGAGAGUAAAUUGAGCUCUUCAAUGAAUAGCAUCAAGACCUUUUGGAGUCCAGAGUUGAAGAAAGAACGAGCCCUGAGAAAAGAUGAAGCUUCCAAAAUCACUGUUUGGAAGGAACAAUAUAGAGUUGUGCAAGAGGAAAACCAGCACAUGCAGAUGACAAUCCAGGCUCUCCAGGAUGAAUUGCGGAUCCAGAGGGACCUAAACCAGCUAUUUCAGCAAGACAGUAGUAGCAGAGCUAGUGAACCCUUUGCAGCAGAGCUGACUGAGGAGAACUUUCAGAGGCUACAUGCUGAACAUGAGAGGCAAGCCAAGGAACUCUUCCUUCUUCGUAAGACCCUUGAAGAAAUGGAGCUGCGCAUUGAGACUCAGAAACAAACACUGAAUGCACGAGAUGAGUCCAUAAAAAAGCUCUUGGAGAUGUUGCAGAGUAAAGGACUGUCUGCCAAGGCUACUGAGGAAGACCAUGAGAGAACAAGACGCCUGGCUGAGGCAGAGAUGCAUGUACACCACCUGGAAAGUCUCCUGGAACAAAAAGAAAAAGAGAGCAAUAUGUUGAGAGAGGAGAUGCAUCGGAGAUUUGAGAAUGCUCCUGAUUCUGCUAAAACAAAAGCUCUGCAAACUGUUAUUGAAAUGAAGGACUCAAAAAUUUCCUCCAUGGAGCGUGGGCUCCGAGAUUUGGAGGAGGAAAUCCAGAUGCUGAAAUCAAAUGGAGCUUUGAGCACAGAAGAACGGGAGGAAGAAAUGAAACAAAUGGAGGUGUAUCGCAGCCAUUCCAAAUUCAUGAAAAAUAAGGUAGAGCAACUGAAGGAAGAGCUAAGUGCGAAAGAGACCCAAGGGGAAGAGCUGAAAAAGAGAGCGGCUGGUCUCCAGGCUGAGGUCUUUGCCAUUGGUCAGGUGAAACAGGAACUGUCCCGAAAGGACACAGAACUCUUAGCCCUACAGACAAAGCUAGAAACGCUUACAAAUCAGUUCUCAGAUAGUAAGCAACACAUCGAAGUGCUAAAGGAAUCGUUGACUGCGAAGGAGCAGAGAGCUGCCAUCUUACAGACAGAGGUGGAUGCGCUUCGAUUACGGCUGGAGGAAAAGGAAACCAUGCUGAAUAAGAAGACAAAGCAGAUACAAGAGAUAGUUGAGGAGAAAGGAACCCAAGCAGGAGAAAUACAUGAUCUCAAGGAUAUGCUGGAUGUGAAGGAGCGGAAGGUCAAUGUUCUACAGAAGAAGAUAGAAAAUCUUCAGGAACAGCUUAGAGAUAAGGAGAAGCAGAUGAGCAAUUUGAAGGAACGCGUCAAAUCUCUACAGGCUGACACCACCAAUACUGACACUGCAUUGACUACUCUUGAAGAAGCCCUUUCGGAGAAGGAGAGGACAAUUGAACGCUUGAAGGAGCAGCGGGACAGAGAUGAACGGGAGAAGCAAGAGGAGAUUGACAACUAUAAGAAAGACCUGAAGGAUUUAAAGGAAAAAGUCAGCCUCUUGCAAGGAGACCUCUCUGAGAAAGAGGCUUCACUCUUGGACCUCAAGGAACAUGCUUCUUCUCUGGCUUCCUCAGGAUUGAAGAAGGAUUCAAGGCUUAAGACACUGGAGAUUGCUUUGGAGCAGAAGAAGGAAGAAUGUUUGAAAAUGGAAUCACAAUUGAAAAAGGCACAUGAAGCAACUCUAGAAGCCAGAGGCAGUCCUGAGAUGAAUGAUCGACUUCAACAGUUAGAGAAAGAGAUUACACAGCAUAGGGAUGAAUCCAGUAAGGCCCAGGCAGAGGUAGAUCGUCUCCUGGAAAUCUUAAAGGAAAUGGAAAAUGAGAAGAAUGAUAAAGAUAAGAAGAUAGCCGAGCUGGAGAGGCAAGUAAAAGACCAAAAUAAGAAGGUCGCCAAUCUGAAGCACAAGGAGCAGGUGGAGAAAAAGAAGAGUGCGCAGAUGCUGGAGGAGGCUCGAAGGAGGGAGGACAAUCUCAAUGACAGCUCUCAGCAGCUCCAGGACAAUCUCCGUAAGAAGGAUGACAGAAUUGAAGAAUUAGAAGAGGCACUAAGAGAAAGUGUACAGAUAACUGCUGAACGAGAAAUGGUGCUAGCUCAAGAGGAGUCAGCCAGAACCAGUGCUGAAAAACAGGUGGAAGAGUUGUUGUUGGCCAUGGAAAAGGUAAAACAGGAGCUAGAGUCCAUGAAAGCAAAGUUGUCUUCUACUCAACAGUCAUUAGCAGAGAAGGAAACUCAUUUGACCAAUCUUCGAGCAGAAAGGAGGAAACAUUUGGAAGAGGUCUUGGAGAUGAAGCAGGAAGCUCUCCUCGCUGCCAUCAGUGAAAAAGAUGCCAACAUAGCUCUUCUAGAGCUUUCCUCCUCCAAGAAGAAGACCCAAGACGAGGUAGCUGCAUUGAAACGUGAGAAGGAUCGUCUGGUGCAGCAGUUGAAACAGCAGACUCAAAAUCGCAUGAAAUUGAUGGCUGACAACUAUGAGGAUGACCAUUUCAAAUCUUCUCAUUCCAGCCAAACCAACCACAAACCCUCCCCAGACCAGAUAAUCCAGCCCCUCUUAGAACUUGACCAGAACCGCAGCAAAUUGAAGUUGUACAUUGGACAUCUGACUUCUCUCUGCCAUGACAGAGAUCCCCUGAUUCUUCAAGGACUAACUCCACCUGCCUCCUAUCACCUGGACGAUGAUCGGGCAGCUUGGGAAAGUGAGCUGCAGAAGAUGACCCAGGAGCAGCUUUGCAGUGAAUUAGACAAAGGUGAGCGAGACAACGCAGAGCUGCAGGAGUUUGCCAACGCCAUCCUCCAACAGAUAGCCGAUCACUGCCCUGACAUUCUGGAACAAGUGGUCAAUGCACUAGAGGAGUCCUCCUGACCCCACCGAGUGACCUCCUGGUCCAACCAACAGCCAACCCAUGCAGUCCAGGGACCUAAGAAAGGAGCAGUAAGAACAACAGAUAUCCAGGAACCUCUGGUUUGCCUUGUACAUAUUAAAGCCAACCAGCCAGACACCACGAGCUACUUCCUAUGUCUGUUCUUCCAUCUGGAGUCCCACAACGUUUUUGCAUUCAUCUUUUGCUGUGGAGGUGGUCUCCUCACUGUUUUGGGGGUUCACGGUGGGUGGCUUCCUCUCCACAGAGACCUGUCAUCUAGUCGUCAUUAAUGAGUAACUGUUGGAAGCUAGUGAUACUGCUUCAGCACAGGGUCAUGAAGUGGUUGCCUUUUCUCUUUUGUCCUUUUAACUUAAAAACAAAACCUGCAGCUGCCACUUUUUAGUUCAGCAUGUUGAAAAAGGUGACCUGCAGUAGGCCAGAAAAUCUAGGGUGUUCUGCGUUUGAAUUGAUUUCUCCAGAAAGGGUAGUCUCACAAAAAGAGAGUAGAGAAGGGAAGAGAGAGGCAAAGAAGCAAAUUAAGAGAACACCAACUCUUCCAUUGAAACUGUAAUUCUAGGGAGGAAGGUGCUCGAUAUUCAUUCUUUCUUUUACUUGCCUUUUCUCAUUAUUGAUUUUUGUCUUCUGAGAGGCUUCAGGCAAGGAAGUAGCCACUUCCUAUUGUGUCAGUAAUAGUUUAUUGAACACUAAUUUAAAACACUACCGCUUUUGGUUCUUUGCCCCCAUCCUAUCUAUCCUGUCCUUCCUUGGCCAUCUCCUCUGAAAAGCUAACGAGAGGUUGCUACAGAAAGUCCAGUCACACAGCACUUUGUCUUUACUGGGCUUAAGGCUGUCGGACAAAACUUUUCUAGUAAAUUUAAAAAAAAAAAGAGUUGGGACCCUGAGGACCUCUCACGCUCCAGUCAGGUUUGCCUCUGUAGCAGAUAAACUGGAUCUGCAGGAGUCUGGCUCGUGCCUUCUGAAUCCACAAGCAUUUCUCCAGGUCACUCCUCUGGGCUCGCUUAUCUUGAAGCCAAUAGCGCCGCUGGCACAGCUUCCCUUUUCAGGCUCCUUCAGUGCAUUGUUUCUUAUGAUUCAUCGUGAGCAUGGGAAGAUGAGCUCUGCAGACUUCCCUGGCCUCCUCAUGUGUGACUUAGUGCCUUCCUGUCUUUCAUAUGGGCUGUCUUCACUCCUCUUUAUCAAAAUGCCACCCAGUCUCUUCCCAGUGACAAAUGCCUAAUGUGUAUGGGUUGUCACAAUUGCCAUGACAGACCUGGUUGAAAGUGAGAGAAUGAAGAGAUAUACCCUUCUGCCCCCACAAUCUUUCAAGAAUGGAAGUUGUUCAGUAAAUUCUUUUCAAGAGCCUGCUUUUCUAAUUAUAGCAAAAAUGAUGCAUCUAGGGGCUUGGGUCACUUACUGUUUACAGGAAAUCUCACUUGGUUAUUCAGUAUGUUCAUUUUUUUUUAGUUGUCCUAAAAAGGUUAUCCUAUUUAGGAAGAUAGCUUUAAAUGCCCAUUUAACACAUUCAAGCCAGUAAUCACCCUGGUUUUUACUGUCUGUAAAUUGCAAAUCAGAAAUUAGACUCCAAAGUUGCAAGAACCCUCAAGUUGUAAAGGCUUUUUAAGGACUUUUCCAGAACACAAACAAGGACAGUGGUGAAUGAUCAGACAGUGCCACUCAAAUAUGGACAAUUCAUGUCAGAACUGUCCCUUUUACCACUUCCUUUGCCAGAUAUCCACAUGUUUUGGUAAAAGCCAUUGCCCUAAAACAUUUAGGACAUGCAUUUUCUCCCUCACCCCCAAUUACCCAAGGAAUUUAGUGCUGUCCAUAAAGGCAUCAUAUCCAUCAGACUUAACAUCUUCCAGCCGCUUCUCCCUGACUGUCCCAUUAGCUUACAUUGUCAGAAAUCUAACAGCCCUCAUUCCCUGUUGUAAAACGAUACCAUCUCUCUGUGAGAUACCAGAGUUUUCUUUAUCUAUGGUCUAAAUGAAUCCGGCUCAUAACCUUCUUACUGAUAUGUUCCUUGAUAGGAAGGCUAGUCUGUUGUGGGGUGGGGUGAGGAAGUGACGCAGUGAUUGGGGAGUAAUGGCAGUCAUUUGUGACCAGUUACCUGGGUUCUAUUUGUUUAUUGCAGUGCCCGUAAAUCAUCUAAAACUCCACAGCCUUUCCAGGCUAGGAAUGGUGGAGCCUUAAUUGAGCCACCAAUGUAUAGCUGAACUUCUGAAAAACUGUCAUGCCUUUGGUGGAGCCAAAUGGAGACAUCAGAUCCAGGGCCAUGCUUGAGGAUCUGAGCCAAUUCUGACUGUUUCUUCUGAUCAGACUGACAAGCAGGUCACCUGAGGCUCUUAACUCAUCUGGAGUAUUAACGAGUGCUCCCCUUCCUUUCCACUUUCACUCUAGCCCUCCCCUUGGAUUUCUACCAUGAAAUCCAUCUAAUCCUUUUCUGGGGCUUUGGGAGAAGAAAGAUCUAAGAACAGACUUGAUCUGACUUGGUCUCUCCUGAACCAUAGGAGAUGAGCUUUUUGAUCCUGCUUGGAUAGAAAUCCUGUCUUAUCAGACUGUCCUAGGAAUUGCCUUCAAGAGGAAGGCAUCUUUGGCCAGGAGUUAAAGCUGAUGGUGACUUAACAUUCCUUUGCAGAAAGAAAGUUAAUGAGGUCACUAACUUUUGUGUAUCUUUCUGGGCUUGGCACAUUCAUUCAAUCAACACGUAUUGAUUGAUUUCCUACUGGUAUAAGACAUGCGUGGGCAUCAUCAUGCAGGCAUUAUCAAGCAGUGGCUGUUGUGAUUUUGCCAAAUCACUCAACUGCUGCUCAGUGUUUUUUGCCUUGAUUAUCUUUUCACAUUUAACAUAGAGGUUUGACAGUAACCUUCCCAAACUUCUCCAUUUCAUUAUCCAUUCUAUUUGCCCUUUCUCACUUGAAGAUCAGUUACCCCCAAAAAAUAUAGUUCCUGGAGCAGUGAAAGAGAGCAGUGGGCUGAAUCAGCCUAACAAUUGUAUGGGAGUGUUGAUGACUAAAGAAAUAGAGAGUGUUUCUCUCUGUGUGUGUCUCUCUGUCUCUCUCUCCUCCCAUCCCUACCUCUCCCUCUGGUGUAUUAAUAUACUGAUCUAUGAAGAAUCUGGGCUGAAGUUUGUAUACUUAUUUAAAUGGGUAAUUCAUUCUAAGUUUGAAUGUAAUGAAACAUGUGUGAACCCAUUUCAGCCCUGACAGCAACCUGGAGGAGUUUUGAGUGAUUCUAUCUGCUUUCCUGAAAAAGGGCAUUAACAGCAGAGGUGUAGUGUAGGAUGUUAAAAGCAGAGACCUUCCUCAUAGUUGAUGGUUCUGUUGGCUAACAUUUAAAGUAAAGUUAUCUAGGUUAUCAGAGAAAGAGGACUGUAGGGGGAGGAGAAACCUGGCAUUAAACUAUGAAGGGAAGGUUAGGCUUCGUCGUCCACCAAUGGGAAGCCAAGGGUUUGUCAUAUCUUUGUCCCAGAUAAAAGCCCUGAGUAAAUAAGGAAGAAAAUAAAGGGCACCAGUGAUUCCACUGGGCUAAUUCCCCUCUCACUGAUGCUCCAGGACUAGUAUUUGGUGUUGCUGCUCAAGGGUUCUAUAUCAAAGAAAAACCCACAUAGCUUUUCCAGACUCAGUCUUGUUCUGCCACCUGACCCCGUUUCCCAAACGCUCUUAGCUGCUCCAUAGGUUUUACUUUUCUGCUCUAGGAAAUUUGGGGGGUUUCCAGAGGAUAAAAUGCUUCAUUUGUCUACUCAGUGGUAAAUUACCCCAAGAUUGAGGCCUUCAGUCCAGGGUUUAUAUUUGAGCAUCUUCAAGGUUUCAACAAGACCUUGUUUCAUUAGGAGUCACUAUUUCCUCCAGCCAUCAAAGUCCAGAGGCUGGAGGAAGUUGGUGGAAAGAGAGAAAGCUGUGAUGAUUCAGCAGUACUGUUCCCGUAAAAUCAGCAGGGACCUCCAUAUAGAGCAUGUGGAGGCCAUCCUCCGGAUGAGAUCCAUCCUGCUCAUCAAGGCAGUGGGGAGAAAGCCAUCUGACUGAACCAUUCAAAAGAAAGCUCUUUAAAAAAAAUCUGUGGGGUUUUUCAUGUGAAUUGAGGGGAUAUCUAAGCAGGAAACAAAAGUCCCCUUCACUACAGGGAAAUCCUUCUGAACAAAAUGGUUGCCUCUGCCAACUCUUUUUAAAGCAAAAACUGUUUUCAAACUUUUUAGUGUCAAAACUAUAACCAGGAGGCCCCUGACUUUUCUGAUGUGUUUGGCAAGUGCUGUGACCCUAUCAUUGAUAUUUCUUCUCCUGAUUUUUUUGGGGGGAUGAAGAGGUUUAGGGUUUGAUUUCUUGGGUUCUUUGUCCCCCAUCCCUCCUCCUGCUUUGUUGUUUUGUUUCUCUGCUUGUCAAUAUUGUCUGUGUGGUCCAGAAAACUGGAGCAGUUAUAAACCAUGUGUGUCCAUUGUUGAAAUGUUUUGGUUUUUUUUUAAUGAGAGAGAAAAAAAUAGUAGUAGAACUGAAAAAUAAAGAGCUGUGUUUUAUAAAAAAAAAUAAUAAUAAAAUGCAAACCAAUAUUGUUUUAAUAAAGGAAUUCAAGCUAGGGACAGCCAAACUCCUCCCCCUCCUCCCAGGCUUGCUGAGGAAAAAUUAUGGGCCUGCAUCUGGACGUUUUACCUUUUUCUUUACAAGGGUUAGAAGAAAAUGAAAGCUGGAUGUUUUGAGUAAAUGUUUCAGAGUCCACGCCCCCAGUGCCUAGCACCAUGUAGCAUCAGGGGCUGAUCUCUUUGACGCCUUGUCUAAGUUCAUUAGCUAUGGUGCUAGGGUGAGUGGUUGGCGGCCCCCCUUCUGGCAACAGCCACAGUACAGGCCACACAACCUCUUUCCUCUCCCGUCGGUGCUAUUUCAUCCAGUUAACCUCUCACUUUUCAGGCUAGCCUGAAGCCUACAUGCCAGGUGAGACAAAUUACACUCAGUUCUCAACUCCUUCAACUUUCAGGCCCCUAAUUCUUGCUCUUAAACUUUUUAAACCUCUUUAAGUUUUCUGGGCCAGAAAAUCUCCAGCCAAUGAAGAUGCUUUUGGAAAAGGAGAUGAAUUAGACCAAAGCCAGACGACUCACUCCUGGGCCUGAGCAAGGCUUCUGGACCCACCCCACUACACCAUACCGCACCAGUAUUUCAUUCGCCCUAAUACACAAUCCUUUGUGACCUGCCUGCCCCACUGCAAGAACAGCCCAGUAGACAGCCAAACAAGUCAGCACGUCCAAGGUAGGAACAUCAGGUACAGCCUGGGACUCUCUCCUUUGCUUGCUUCAGAAGAGAGGUGUUGCACUUUAGUGGAGGAGGAGAGGAGUAUAUAGGGUACCAUCUCCCUUAUAGCUUGAGUUCCUUUUUGGUAACAGAGGCAGCUGGAGAUGCUGGUGUUACCAAACCUGCCCACUGCCUUCAACUGUAUGUGUGUGUGUGUGUGUGUGUGUGUGUUAUUGCUGGAGUUGUGUAACUGACAGGAUAAUGAUAAUGCAAAGAAAUUGUGUUAUAUUCAACUUUGCCUUGAUAAUUAUUAUAAACACUUUGUUCAGUUUUCUUUUUUUAUUCACAAACUUAAUUCAUCAGGAAACUAUAAAGUUAUUUAAAAAUUC